AUGCUCCUCGCCGGACUCUUCCUCGCACUCACCCUGCCUCUGCAAGUCACCUCCUCGUCCCCCUACCUCUGCAAAUGCACCUGCUUCUCCACCAACAGCACCAUCCUCCCGCUGCUGUCUCCAAUAGAUCCUUCUAACCCAUGUACUACCUGCACUCGGCAGUUCUGCCUCGACCAAAAGCUGUAUGGCUGUGAAGGGGCUAGGAUAGAGAAUCCCAAUGCCGAUACUGGCACAGGCUGGGAAGGCGAGGUGUGGGCAAGAUGUUUCCAGCGCGAGUCUGGAAAGGACGAAACCAUCGUCUCCUUCUACCUCUUUACAAUAGUCACAUUGCUCCUUGCAGCGGCGCUGAGAAGCCAUCUCAUCGUGUGGUGGGAGGUGAGUGAUCAGAGACUCUUAACGGAACAUCCCCCUUCUCAUUUGACGCUUCAUACUUCCUUCCACCUGCUGUCCUACAGGAGUAUCAGACCGGCGGGCCCCCUGCUCUGCUCUCAGCAAUCAAAGCUUCCCUCCCUGGCAGAGAUCAAGUCAGAGGCGCCGGCAGAGGCUGGAUCAACAGAUGAGGGUGUAAUCUCGUUCGCCUUGCACAUCUGCCUUCCUCUGAGUUGCACAUUGGUCCUCAAGUGA